AUGGCCUAUUUGUCUUUAGUAGUAACAGCUCAACAUAGUCAUAUUAAGGAUGUACUCAGUUCUGCAAGAUUUGAAGGUUCAUUGAAUGUAGACUUGAAUGAAAUCACCAUGAAGUUAGUGCCAUUGCCAAAGUUACAUUAUUUAGUGGCAAGUCAGAGUCCCCUUUACACAUCCGCAGAUGUCCACUUGCCACCCAGAAAAUUAGAUCAAAUGUUCUCAGAUGCAUUUUCAAGAGAUCGUCAAUUACUGCGGGCAGAUCCUAAACACCGCCUGUACUUAGCAUGUGCCUUGAUGGUACGGGGAAAUGUAGAGAUCUCAGAUGUUAGGAGAAAUAUUGAAAGACUUAAACCAAACUUAAAGUUUUUCAACUGGAACCAAGAAGGUUGGAAGACAGGACUCUGUGCAGUGCCACUUGUCGUAAAUGUGCAAUUACUACAGAGAAAGAAAGCAGCUGUUGUAAAAAACAAUGCACCUUCAAAUAAGACAACUUUUGAAGUUUCGAUUCGAUAA